UCACCACAACCCCUCAAUCGAACCCCACUAUGAAGUACUAUUCUACCGCAUGUAAGGUACUGUAUCGAUCCGCUGUCGGUCCCACACGUCCGCAGCUCUAUUGAGUCUUCAGUUAAGUAUCAAUCGGCCCAUUUUCACGCAUUCAUCUCAUUUCCUUCAUUCUCUCUAUUACUCUGCAAUCAUGACGACAGCUUCGCGCAAAGCAGUUAAACAAUUGGCCCUAGGGUACUCCGAUUUCCACCCCUUCUCCAACGUCGACAUCACGGAUCGAGCUUCUGUACAAGAGCUGCUAAAAACGCUGCUGGACCCCCUCGAACCUCACUUCUCCCCGAACAAAGCCAGAGUCAGAGUCCCUGGCGCCACAGCAGUACGAUUCGACAAUACAGCUGCAGAGAUUGAGGGAACGUGUCGGCCGUUGUGGGCACUAUCGAGUUUGCUGGCUGGAGGCGGGGAAUAUUAUGGGACAAAAUGGUGGGUUGAAGGCCUGAAGGCUGGCACGGAUCCUGAGAAUCCAGAGUAUUGGGGGGACCCGAGAGAUAAUGAUCAGCGGAUGGUGGAGAUGUGUCCGUUGGGGUUUACACUCGCGGUUGCUCCGGUGUUUUGGGACUCGUUGUCGGAGAAGGAGAAGGGGAAUGUGGAGCGCUGGCUUGGGAAUUCUAUCAAUGGGAAAGUCAUGCCAAAUACCAAUUGGCUUUGGUUCCGCGUAUUUGCCAAUCUUGGAUUGAAGAAGAAUGGUGGGAAAUACUCUCAAGAGAAGAUCGAGCAAGAUAUCAUUCAUCUGAAUUCCUUCUUCCGCGGUGAAGGGUGGUCCAACGAUGGACCCGAGGGCGUUUGGCAGCAAGAUUAUUAUAGUGGCAGCUUUGCCAUCCAAUUUCUGCAGCUGCUCUAUGCGAAGCUCGCUGAAAAGGAUGACCCCGCCAAAGCUGCCGAGUUCAAGAAGAGGGCACAGGAUUAUGCAUUGGAUUUCAUCCACUACUUCGACGAGGAAGGACGAGCUAUCCCAUUUGGCCGGAGUGUUGGGUACCGCUUUGCGAUGGCCGGUUUCUGGGGAGCUUGUGCCUACGCUGAUAUUGAGCUCCCAGCGCCUUUGACGUGGGGAAUUGUCAAGGGGUUACUGCUGAGAAAUUUCCGCUGGUGGCAAACUCAGGAACAAAUCUGGAGUCCGACUGGCACUUUGACGAUUGGAUACUGUUUCCCAAACAUGUACAUGGCGGAGAAUUACAACUCCCCACAGAGUCCAAUGUGGGCAUGUCUUGCAUUUAUAUGCUUGGCUGCUCCCCCGGAGCAUCCAUUUUGGACAUCGACAGAGGAGCUAUAUCCCACUCACCUGAUACCUAAAGUCAAGGCCCUGAAACAUCCGGGUCAUAUCAUCAGCUAUCUUGGCGGUCAUCGACUUCUUUUCUCAUCUGGCCAGGCAUGCAGCUAUCCGAUGAAGGGGACACAUGCCAAGUACGGCGGCUUUACUUACAGUAGUGCAUAUGGAUACUCUGUACCGACUGGCUGCUUCACGCUCGAACAGUUUGCCCUGGCUUCUCAGCUCGGUCUCUCGGACGAUGGUGGAGAGUUCUGGAAAACUCGACGCCUUUGUCAGGAGGCUAUCAUCGAAACUCAUGAAGAUCUCCCAGUCUUGAAAUCCAUCUGGAAACCAUAUCCCGACGUCGCGAUAAAGACUUACCUCAUCCCACCAGUCGAAACAACCCCAAAUUGGCACCUACGAGUCCACAAAAUCGAGGCCGGUCGUGAAGUCAUGACCGCAGACGGAGCUUUUGCCAUCUACAACGAGAGAGUGCCCGAUGGCAGAUACCUGGAUCUUUACGACCCCGAGAAAUGCGAGGGAACAAUGCCCAAGAUCAUCGGCAACUACGAUCUCAACACUCCGGAAGGCUAUUCGCCAGGCGCAAUUGGCGCUUUCGCUGUCUCGAAAGGUGCCGUAGGAAUCGUAGCCCUCGAGGCAGAUACAGUGCGAACGGCGAUGCAUGUCAACGCUGACCCGAACUCGAAUCUCGUUGAGAGCAGAACAAUUAUUCCGACUCUGCAGCAUACGUUGAAGAAGGGGGAGACGGCUUGGUAUGUAACUGCUAUUUAUGCCAAGCCGCUGAAGGAAAAUGUUUCUCCGUCCACAUAUCUUGAUGGUUGGGAUACCAAGCCGGCGAUACCGUCUUGGCUGAUGACUGAUAUAUCUUCAAAUUGAUUUCAAACAUAACGAUGGCAUUUUGGGGACAUUUGGUAAGCAGAUUUGGAAUGGGCAUAGCAUCUGCAAUGAAUCGGCAUCCACGUCCCCCAAGAGUCGUCGAAUCAUCAAUGCCCGCAAAACUCAUCCAUGAAAUUUUAGCCCCACCACGUAUCGAGCUUUGGCGGCCAAUACAGAGCGCCGCUUUUUAUAUUGAUCGCAUCUUUACCAUCAGGCUGGUCCUUGUGCAGACCCAAAUUGAGCAUUAUCGGCCGAAAAGGCUAAG